GCACACUCAGCCUUAUGAGCCACGCCCUUGCUACUGGUAUUCCGGUGGUGAUGAGGGUCAGGAUGAGCCUUGGAUAUAUAAGGUGUGGUUAGGUGGUCUUCUGCCAGACAGCUCCUCAUCGGUGGGUCGACAUGAACUCUCUGACUCUCUUCUGUUUGGUGGCGGCGGCCAGCUCCUAUGGCGCAGCCCAUUACUUGGGUUACCCAGGGGCUUACGGCUUCCUGCCUUACAACUACCUGGGCGCCACACCUUACGCUCACUACGGGCUACCAUACAGUCUUGGUCCUGUUAAAUACAAUGCGGCCACCGUGGUGGCACCCGUGGCUCCCGUUCAUACCCAGUACCACGCCCAGGACGAGCUGGGCCAGUACUCCUUUGGCUACGCCGGCGGUCCCUCCUCUCGCGCCGAGACCCGCGACGCCUACGGAAGAGUGACCGGCUCCUACAACUACGUGGACUCCGAGGGCAAGGUGCAGACCCAGCACUACGUGGCUGACGCCCUGGGCUUCCGUGUGUCCGGCACCAACCUGCCGGUGGCCCCUGAUGCCCCCGAGGCGCCCGCCCUUGUCGCACCUGAGCCAGUGCAGGACACCCCUGAGGUUGCUGCCGCCAAAGCUGAAUUCCGAACAGCUUACGAUGAAGCCGCCGCCGCUGCUGAGGCCGCCCCUUACUCCCGCAAGAAGCGGUCGGUUGUGGCCCCAGCUCCUUACCCUUACCACCAUCCUCUCCGCUUCUCCUACGCAUUUUCUGCUCCUCUGUUCUACAACUAUCCCGCCCUGCACUACUCUGCCGGCUACCCUGCCCACACCAGCUACGCCGUCGCCCCCCCGGCCACUGUGCGUGACGCCACCCUGCUGCGAGUGGUGCACAACCCCGGCCACGCUGUCUCCUACCGGGUGGACUAGACGGGCUGGCACGGCAACUUUUCUUCUUCAGUCUUCCAACGCGACCCCGGUGCCGUAGAGCACCGUGACAGAGGCAUCCACGCUGCGGUACGGCAGCUCCUGCCAGACUAUAACGUGCCCUCGGCCGGUGUUGACGCGCGCCGGUGCUCCUCAAGAGUCAAGAGUUGUUCCUGCUCGAGUCUGCACUCCAUUUAAUACAGAACAUAUGUACGUAGAUACUUAUAUCCGCACCGGUCCCUCUUGUUUCCUUUCAAAAGCGCCUUCAAAAUAAUUAUGUAUCUCUACAUACAAUUACUUCUAUUAAAUACAUGAUGCCCAGACUA